CCGCCAGGAGGAGGUUCCCGCACACUCGCGGCGCGCGCCGGGCCGCCAGAGUCGGCCUGUGGGCGAUUUCCUCCGGACCCAAGCUCCCCGCCCGAGGAGGAAGAUGCAGACCUUUCUGAAAGGGAAGAGAGUUGGCUACUGGCUGAGCGAGAAGAAAAUCAAGAAGCUCAAUUUCCAGGCCUUCGCCGAGCUGUGCAGGAAGCGAGGGAUAGAAGUCGUGCAGCUGGACCUCAGCCGACCGAUCGAGGAGCAGGGCCCCCUGGAUGUCAUCAUCCACAAGCUGACCGAUGUCAUUAUUGAGGCCGACCAGAACGACAGCCAGUCCCUGGAGCUGGUGCACAGAUUCCAGGAGUACAUCGAUGCCCACCCUGAGACCAUUGUCCUGGACCCCCUUCCUGCCAUCAGGACCCUGCUCGACCGCUCCAAGUCCUACGAGCUCAUCCGGAAGAUCGAGGCCUACAUGAAAGACGACAGGAUCUGCUCACCGCCCUUCAUGGAGCUGACAAGCCUGUGCGGGGAUGACACCAUGCAGCUCCUGGAGAAGAACGGCCUGGCCUUCCCAUUCAUUUGCAAGACCAGAGUGGCCCACGGCACCAACUCGCACGAGAUGGCCAUUGUGUUCAACCGGGAGGGCCUGAGCGCCGUGCAGCCGCCCUGUGUUGUCCAGAAUUUCAUCAACCACAACGCCGUCCUGUACAAAGUGUUCGUGGUCGGCGAGUCCUACACAGUGGUCCAGAGGCCCUCGCUCAAGAACUUCUCGGCGGGCAUGUCAGACCGUGAGUCCAUCUUCUUCAACAGCCACAAUGUGUCCAAGCCGGAGUCGUCAUCAGUCCUGACCGAGCUGGACAAGAUCGAGGGCGUGUUCGAGCGGCCGAGUGACGAGGUCAUCCGGGAGCUCUCCCGCGCCCUGCGGCAGGCGCUGGGCGUGUCGCUGUUCGGGAUCGACAUCAUCAUCAACAACCAGACGGGGCAGCACGCCGUCAUCGACGUCAACGCCUUCCCAGGCUAUGAGGGCGUGAGCGAGUUCUUCACGGACCUCCUGAACCACAUCGCCACCGUCCUGCAGGGCCAGAGCGCAGCCACCGCAGCCAUGGGGGACGCGGCCCCACUGAGGCACAGCAGGCUCCUGGCAGAGCAGGCAGACAGCCUGGCGGGCGAGCGGACAUGCAGCGCCGGCCCCGGCUGCUGCAGCAGCUUGGUGGGCCAGGACCCGGGCAGCACGGCCAAGCUGCCGCCCCAGAGACUGGGCUGCACCGCCGCCGUGUCGCCCAGCUUCCAGCAGCAUUGCGUGGCCUCCCUGGCCACCAAGGCCUCCUCCCAGUAGCCGCGGAGCCCAGGACCCAGAGGGCGGCGUGGGCCACAGCACGGCCACUGGGCAAGCAACAGCCAGUGGUGACAUCUGACUAAGAAUUCCCAACGGUCUGAUUUUUCUUUUAGCCUGAUUUUCUGAUGUCGUUACCUGAAUGAGGAAUUGGGGGGCGAUGGAAGAGAACCCCAGUCGGUGGUCCAGCCUCGGGGAGAAGGGACCUCCUGCCCCAUUCCUGCCCUGCAGAUCUCUCACUGAGUUUACACAUGCUUGUGUUUUCAACACUAGGUCUGAGUGUGAGGAGGGGCGUGUGUGCGUGUGGUUGCAGUGCGUGUGGUUGUCGUACGUGUGUGAGUGUGUAUACACAUCCGUGUCUUGGUCUUGAUGGCUGCUGCGGACCAGGCCCAGGGGACCUGGAGGGGUCACCCUUGGUUAGGCUGCUGGCACUGAACAGAGCAAGUGGACGGUCCCCCUCUUCUGUCUUUUGUCCCAGGCCCACCCGCCUGACCGCCCCUGCGCAGGCUCCCCCUCUGCUGGCCACCUUCCCAGCCUUGGGAAGAGUGGGGCCAGAGGCCCCACCGGGUGUGCGGCUGCCCUUCCCAGAAGCAGGAGCCCAGGCUGGAGAGGCUGUGGCCUCCCUGUCCUUGGGGGGCCCCAUGCAGGGGGGUCUGGGCUGCUGCCGCCUGGUCCCUCCCAAGAAGGGAAGGGGAAGGAAGCUUCCCCUGGAGGCCAAGGCCCCGGGUUCACUGCCUCUCUCCACGUCCAGCCCAGCUCCCUCGCCACGCAUCCCACGCAGCCCCGAGAGGGGGCCUCCUCCCGUGACCAAGCACUGCGGCUCUUUGGCACGCGGAGAGGGCCACCUGGCUGGGGGGCCCCGGGCUGAUCCCGCCCGUGCCAAGGGUUUGUGCCGUGACCGUGGGCAAGUCGUUCUGAGAGUCGCCGGGCCUUCAUGUCCUCCGUUGAGACCAGAGCUCUGAAGGGUGGGCCUGACGCCCCCGCCCCUGCAGUGCAGCCUGCUUUCCCCAGAAGCCAGCCAGGAUGAGCCUCCCCUUGAGAUCGAGGUGACUGGGGCCCACUUUCCAGGUAGGAAGUGGCCGCCGUUCUCGUCAGUCCUGCUCACACCUGCCUGUUUCACCCUUGCCCAUGGGCCCGAUAUCCCUUCCCGUACUCACUACAAGCCCCAAGCACUGAGCCAGCCAGGGGUGAAGGAGCGGCAGCCCUCGGGGUGAGAAAACAGUGUGCUUCUCCCCACUUAGAGUCACCCCAGCUUCUGGUGGCAGCAGGCAGAACACCAGCUGGCUGUCGUAACCAUGGUCCAGGCAAACCGGAGGCCCUUCUGAGGAAGGGCCAGUGCGAGGCCCUGCUAUCCUAGGACAGUGAACGCUGGGGACCAUGUCUAGGGCCCCUGAGUGCGCCGUGGUGUCUUAGAUACCGGUGGACUUCCAGACGGAGGGAAAGGCCUCCAGGCUCUGCUUCGUGGUCUGGGGAGGCUGUGGGGCCGGGCCCUGUGGGGAUGGGGCUGCUGGAUUUGGGCUUGGGGUGGGGGUGGGGGCCAUCAGAACCACCUGGCCAACCCAGACACCGAGGGCCCGCUUUUUACACGACUCGAGUGUGGAACCCCGAUUAUAAUGUCUGUACGUCACCUUUCCUCAGUCGGGGAAGCAGGAAAGCGUGACCAGCCUCUUGCACUGCUUGUCUCCAAAAUAAACUACUGAAAUCAAACUGCAGUUCACCUGUGUGUACACAGUGUUUCUAAAAGUUUGUCAUUCUCCAGUCUUCUAAUAAAAUG